CAGACUCAGUGCUGCUAAAUAGCUGCCUGCGAGGCUAAAUCGAGGACUAACCGGUACUCAUUUAUGUACCAAACAGGCCAGGAACUAUAUGUGUGCAGAGCUUUGUGCAGCAGUUCAGUGUUGACAGUCAGUUAAAGAGCGCGUUUUAUUUGAUAAAGAGCACAACAGCAACAGAGACCGGCAGGAAUCAUGUUUGAAAACUUCAGAGAAAGACUUCAGCUGGUCCAGCAGGACUUCACAACCGGCUUCAAGACGCUUGGGGACAAAUCAAAAGAUGGCAAAAUGAAGAGGAGACCCAGGUUUGAAGAAAGCCUUCCUCAUUUCAGUACCGGACUGGAAAUACUUAACAGGUAUGAAGAGAGAUGGUUUGUGCUCCACAAAAAAACUAAAGACUGUGCUCAGGCUGCAGAGGCAGCAGAUGGAGACAUAGUGAUGCUCUCAGCGCACUGGGAGAAAAGACGAUCGGCUCUGAUGCAACUACUGGAACAACUGAAAAGCUUGCCGGCCUUCACCAGUGAACUUGACGCCAUCACUGCUAACAUAGCUCAUUUGGAAGGUGAUUUUGAGGAGAUGGAGAGCAGGCUGGUGUACCUGGAGACUCUGUGUUCUCAGUGUGAGCAACAGACACUCAAACAGCAUCAUAUCAACCAACUGGAAGUGUAUAAGAAACAGAAGAGGAAGGAGAUGGAGUCGCUGGAAGUCGACCUGAAUUCUGAGCAUGCUCAUAAGGUGGCGGAGUUGGAGCAGGCUAUGCAGCAAAAACUGAAAGAACGACAGAAAGUGUAUGAAGAAGCCUUUAUCCAAGACAUGGAGCAGUACCGCUCCACUGGAUACCUGCAGCAUACAGAGCCAGCAAGAGCUGACCUGUGUGUUCUGGAUGAGAUGUCGGUAACUAAUAUGUUAGACCAGGAGGCGCUGGAUGACUUCCUUAACUCCACUGGUGAGGACAUCAGUACUGGAUCAUCACUGACCUCAGGUCCAGACUUAAGGUCCUGCUCCUCUGAAUCUUUGAGUCACGCCUCUCCUACAAACAUCCAGUCAUCCAACCAGGAUGCAGUGUGGCAGCAAGACGAGGAAGUGGCCAAUGGGGAGAGUGAUGAGCCGGAAGUGCAAUCAGAUGAGGAGGAUGUUCAACCAGACACAUCGUUGGUUGUUAUUCAGGAUGUUGGCCCAACCAGGGCCUCUGAUGAGAGUGACUCUACAGGGGACCUGCCCUCUGGGUAGCCCAGCAAACAGUAGGGUUGUAUGUGACCAAAGAUUUUCUUAUUCAAUUAGAAUUCGUUCAAGGAAUAAGCCGACUAGUCCUCACAUAUUUAUGAUGAUAAUUUAUUUAUCUGAAUAUUAUGAAAUAUCUUAAUAUUUUUUGGGGCGCAAAAGAAAAUGAUUUGAGUUCCAAGGCUGAGAGAGAAUGCUCUGACACUGUGCUACAGUAGAGAAAAAUACAAAACCGCAGCAAAUAAUGAGCCUUUAAAAUAUAUUACAAGUGCAUGCAUGAAGUAAGCCACAGCAUCGCUGGCAAAGGUG